AUGGAUGCUCAACACUCCUCCAACCCUGUUGUCCCAACGGGUACAGCGGACAAGGACAAACACCUGGCGAACUCGUUGCUGGAGUACAGAUCGAUUCGAGAUGGAGACCAAGAUAUCUUGCAGGGAGAGAAUGUGGAUGAGGCUCUUGCCGCCAAAAUGGCUCUUAUCAAUGAUGCCAUUGAUGAAAUUGGUUUCACACCUCACCACUGGAAACUGUUUUGCCUGAACGGAUUCGGAUAUGCAGUUGACUCGCUCAUCCUUUUGAUUCAGUCGAUUAUCUCGACCCAGGCCAGGUUGGAGUUCAACCCAUCAUAUUCCACCGGACUCACUAUCGCGGUUUAUGUCGGCAUGUUGGUGGGUGCAAUUUUCUGGGGCUUUUCGGCCGACAUUAUUGGCCGGCGAUUUGCCUUUAACUUCUCCCUGUUUAUUUCAUCGGUAUUCACUAUCGUCGCGGGGGCUUCUCCCUCUUGGGUAACCCUAGGUUUGUUUGUCUGCUUAAGUGCCUUUGGCGCUGGGGGAAACCUAGUUUUAGAUACCACGGUCUUCCUUGAAUACCUUCCCGGCAAGGAACAGUGGUUGUUGACACUCAUGGCGGCAUGGUGGGGCUUGGGCCAGCUCGUCGCAGGUUUGUUUGCUUGGGCCUUUCUUCCCAACUUCUCCUGUAGCGAUGCAGCCACAUGUACUCGUGAAAACAACCAAGGAUGGCGUUAUGUGUGGUACACAUCCGGCGCCUUGGUGUUUGUUCUCUCCAUCCUCCGUGUGACCAUCAUCCGCCUUGAAGAAACGCCGAAGUUCCUCAUUUCUGAGGGCAAAGACGAACAAGCAGUACACGUUUUACGCAAUAUCGCCGAUCGACACAAUCGCCCAUGCAGCCUCACCAUCGAGAAGCUUGAGGCAUGCGGACAAAUUGCUCUUCGCGGGACUCCAGGUUCUAGUUGGUUUAUGCGGCUUAUCUCCCCAAGCGAAGUGUUCUUCCAUCUCCGUGGACUCUUCGCAACUCGAAAAAUGGCCCUGUCGACGACUCUGGUCUGGUUCUCAUGGCUACUCAUCGGUCUCGCAUAUCCGCUUUACAAUGUGUUCCUUCCCAUCUAUCUUACGUCGCGUGGCGCAAGCUUUGGGGAGAGUAGUCCAUAUAUCACCUGGCGGAACUACGCUAUCAACAACACCUGCGCUAUCUUUGGUCCCGUAUUAGCGGGAUUCAUGUGUCACUCACCCUGGUUCUGGGGCCGUCGAGGAACCAUGAUUAUCGGAGCUGUGGUCACUAUGGUUUUCUUUUUCUGCUAUACCCAAGUGCGCACUGCGAACCAGAAUGUUGGCUUUACGUGUGCUAUCUCUUUUUGCUUGAAUAUUUACUACGGUACCCUCUAUGCUUACACCCCCGAGGUCUUCCCCUCCGCCCAUCGGGGCACAGGAAAUGGUGUUGCUAUUGGGCUCAAUCGGAUCAUGGGAAUCGUCAGUGCCGUUGUCGGCCAGGCCGCAAAUACCAGCACGGCCGUGCCGAUUUACAUAUGCGCAGCCCUUUACAUUGUGAUGGCGAUUAUUGCCGGGGCCUUGCCAUUUGAACCAUAUGGCCGACGAAGCAGCUAA